AUGUUUAAAAGACUAAAAGGAGUGUUUUCCAGAACAAAAUUAUCACCUGAGCAAUCAGACAGUGAAAAUGAAGGCAUUCCUCCACCAUCCAAGCCAUCUACAGACCAGAGUGAAAAUACAAAAAAAGAUGACACACAGAAAACUGAGGCCAAUAAGAAGGCAGAGCCUUCACCAAAGGAACAAGAGGGAGUUCCAGAAAAACCAGCCAAGUCUUCACAAACUUCACAAACUGAAAAAUCAACCGAACCAGCUAAGGCAACUCAGCAAGAGCAGCAUCAUCUCAAUAAUGGGAAGGAAGAUGCCAACACACAGAACGCAACGUCUCAAGGAUUCCAAACAAAUGAAUAUGCUGAUGCCCAGCUUCAGGAGAUUGUCAGAAAAAUGCGGGAAAGGACCACAGCCUAUAAGGAAAAGCUGAAAGACCCCGUGUUGUCCUCCCCUGAAGGCACACCAUCAAAGAAGAAGCCUCCACCCCCACCAAAAGAAGAAAAGAAAGAAGAAAAGAAAGAGGAAGCAGAAGCAAAGCCAGAAGAGGAUCACUACUGUGAUAUGCUGUGCUGUAAAUUCAAGAAACCUCCACUGAAAAAGUACAAGACCUAUCUAAAGCUACCAGACAGCAUAGAUUCAUACACAGAUCGCCGUUACGUAGCUUGGCUCAUGCUUGUGACAGUGGCCUAUAAUUGGAAUUGUUGGUUUAUCCCCCUUCGCUACGUGUUUCCAUAUCAAACUCCAAGUAAUACAAUAUACUGGUUUGCCAUAGACAUCAUCUGUGAUAUCUGCUAUCUGUGUGACCUGCUGGUUUUCCAGCCCCGAGUGCAAUUUUUAAGAGGUGGAGAUAUAAUAGUAAACAAAGUGGAAAUGAAGAAAUUCUAUCACAGCACUGUAAAGUUUCGGCUCGAUUUGAUAUCAGUAUUGCCAUUUGACAUUCUAUACUUUUUCUUUGGAUUCAACCCAGCAUUUAGGGUAAACAGGAUGCUAAAGCAUAACACAUUCUUUGAGUUCAAUGAUCGUUUGGAAGCUAUCCUGGACAAAGCAUACAUCUACAGGGUCAUUCGAACCACUGGAUACUUGCUGUUUAUCUUGCACAUUAAUGCAUGCUUGUAUUAUUGGGCUUCAGACUAUGAAGGACUUGGCAGUACUAGAUGGGUGUACGAUGGACAAGGAAAUAUGUACCUGAGGUGUUACUACUGGGCAGUUCGUACUUUAAUCACCAUCGGUGGCCUUCCAGAGCCACAAACAUUGUUUGAGAUAGUUUUUCAACUGCUGAAUUUUUUCUUGGGUGUCUUCGUUUUCUCCAGCUUAAUUGGUCAGAUGAGAGAUGUAAUUGGAGCAGCUACAGCAGGACAGAACUACUACCGUUCCUGUAUGGAUAACACCGUCUCCUAUAUGAACACAUACUCAAUUCCAAAACUAGUUCAAAAUCGUGUUCGAACCUGGUAUGAAUACACAUGGGACUCUCAGGGAAUGCUGGAUGAAUCAGAAUUACUGGAGCAGAUGCCAACCAAAAUGCAAUUAGCCAUUGCAAUUGAUGUGAACUUUGCCAUUGUCAAUAAAGUUGACCUAUUCAAAGGGUGUGAUACUCAGAUGAUAUACGACAUGCUGCUAAGGCUGAAAUCCAUUGUGUAUUUACCUGGUGAUUUUGUCUGCAAAAAGGGAGAAAUUGGCAGAGAGAUGUAUAUCAUCAAACAAGGUGAAGUUCAAGUCCUUGGAGGCCCUGAUGGCACAAAAGUCCUGGUUACACUACGAGCAGGAGCUGUAUUUGGGGAGAUCAGCCUAUUAGCCGCAGGUGGAGGAAAUCGAAGGACUGCCAACGUGGUGGCUCAUGGUUUUGCCAACCUUUUCAUUCUAGACAAGAAAACACUCAAUGAAAUCUUGGUGCAUUACCCUGACUCAGAAAAACUUCUGAUGAAGAAAGCAAAGGUGUUGCUGAAAGAGAAGGGGAAACCUGCUCCUGGACCACCAGUGCAGCAGCCCCGGGGCUUGGCCAGUCUGUUUGGGCAAAAACAGGAAACUCCAAAACUGUUUAAAGCGAUGUUUGGAGCUAAAGGAAAAGGAGGCCUUGCUAAGCUGCUGCAGCUGAAGAGAGAACAAGACAUUCAGGAACAUGAAGCUGAAGCGCAGAAGACUGAAAAAGAGGAGAAGAAACCACCAGAGCCUGCAGCCCCAUCUGCACCCCCUCCGAAAAAGGAAGAGCCAGAAGCAGACACUAAGCCUAAACCACAUGCAGUUAUGCACAGAGGAACCACUAAUGAGUCUCUGAUCAUCACUAUGUCUCCUUCCCCUAGAGCAGGAGAAGGAGAGAUCCUUAAAGUUGAAGCUAAAGAGAAGAAAAACAAAUAG